AUGAGGCUGCAGCUCCAGCCCCUGCUGCUGCUGCUCCUCGCUCUCGCCCUCUCGCACCAGCUCUUACGCGCCGAAUGCCAUUCACCAACCGAACUACGUAAGCAUCAUGGAGCAGAGCAACAAGGGGAAGGUGCGAACGGGGGAGGCCUGCGCGGCCGCGUGCUGCUCGAUGCGGAGAUGCCGUCGCUUGCGGCGGCGGUAGCGGCGGCGGCGGAAGGGAAGAAUUCUUCCGAGCUCGACCUGCUUUUGCGCCGACAGCUCAAGGCUAAAAAGGAGGACCCCGUUUUAAGCAUGCUCGCCGACGCGUGGCACAACAUGCUGAUCGCGCAGUACUGGGCGAAAAAAACGUCGUGCGGCUCGAAGCUGACCCUCGCGUGCAAGGCGCUUCAGAACGCAGAGUCGUACCUAAAGGCGGGGAAGAGCCCUCAAGCGACCGCGCAAAUGAAUAAUGCAAAAGCCACGGCCAGUGGUUGCGCGAACAGCGUCCCCGCGCAGUCGGCCAAGUAUAUUCGCGUCGCGAAAGACCAGAUCGGGCAGACCCAAAUUCUCAUGGCCAAGAAAAACCCUCAGAUCAAGCGAGUGAAGAAGCGCAACCCGCAAGUCAAGCGUAACACCGGACCUGGUUGGCUCGGGCACAACGAUCUGCCCGGCGGCAUCAUGCAGUGGUUACCAUAUGGUAACCCGAUUGACGACUGCUGGAUGGGUGGUAACUGGAACAGUAACAUAAAGAAGCUCGCGGAUUGCGUGGAGGGGUACGCGACGGGGACAACUGGCGGGAAGGCGGGGCAAAUCUACCAUGUGACUACAGCGGAUGAUAACCGCCUGAACCCUGCCCCUGGCACCCUUCGAUAUGGCAUCACGAGGGCUGAGCCGCUGUGGAUCGUUUUCGAUGACGAUUUCACGUUCACUGAUCUGAGUGCGGAAAUGAUAAUUUACAAGGAUAAGACAAUCGAUGCACGUGGAAAGAAAAUUGUGGUGGGCAGCGGUCCCUGCUUCGCGGUUGAAGAGGUUUCGAACGUGAUUAUUCACGGAGUUUCUUUCGUCAACUGCAGAAACAGGGUGAGCAACCUCAAGAUUAUGACUGGACCCGGCAAUACGUUGGAUGGCCGCGACUACCUUAACGGAUACGGGGUGUACAUUUACAAGUCGCAUCACGUGUGGAUUGACCAUUGCUCUUUCAAUUACGCUGAUGACACCCAUAUAGACAUUAUCGAGGGCAGCACCGCCGUUACAGUCUCAAAUUCCUACUUUACCAACCAGGAUAAGGUGAUUCUGAUGGGGCACAACGACGCGAACACCAUGGAUCGGAAUAUGCGCGUCACCGUGAUGCUGAACAAGUUCGGCCCGAACCUGGACGAGCGCAUGCCACGUGGCAGGUUCGGCACGUUCCACGUGGUGAACAACUACUAUCCCAACGGCUGGGGAAUCUACGCUAUUGGCGGCAGCGCUGACCCAACGUUUCUCAGCGAAUCAAACUAUUUCGUAGCCACUGGUGGAAAAACCGAGGUGACCAAGCACGACAUUGCUGCAAGCAAGAGCAUGUGGAGUGGGUGGGACUGGCAGUCUGUGGGAGAUUACUUCGCGGGUGGGGCAUUCUUCACAGAAUCUGGAAGCUCUGGCUACAGGCCACCGUAUUCAUACCAAGCUCUCAAGGCUAUAGAGGUGCCUCGUGCAACAAACCGUGCUGGGCCAAUUGGGUUCUGA